AUGGCUCUACAUGCCUGAAUUAAACCGAUAUUGCUUCAAGGAUCCUAUGCAGUACUAGAGCCACUCUCACAUUUAAGAAAUCAAGAAUUCAUUGACUCUCUCAAUGAUGGUGAAUUAUGGAAGCUCUGGUACACAUGAAUACCUAAGCCUGAAAAUCUCGAAGCAGAAAUCAAUAGACGUUUAGAUUUGCAAGUGAAAGGCUCAAUGAUUCCUUUUAGUGUUAUAGAUAAAGCUACAAACAAAGCAGUUGGCAUGACUACUUAUAUGAAUAUUGAUAGCCAAAAUAAAAGGGUGGAAAUAGGUUCAACAUGGUAUAGAAAAUCAGUCCAAAGAACUGCAUUAAACACUGAGUGCAAGUUAAUGCUGCUAACUCAUGCCUUUGAAGACCUUAAUUGUAUAGCAGUAGAAUUCAGAACUCACAGAUUUAAUCGUAAAAGUAGAAAUGGUAUCGAAAGAUUGGGAGCGAAAUUGGAUGGGAUUUUAAGGAAUCAUAUGAUUAUGGCAGAUGGAGUGUUAAGAGAUACAUAUGUGUAUAGUAUAAUUGCUAAUGAAUGGCCAGUUGUAAAGAAGCAUCUUACACAUGAGCUGCAAAAAAAUAGAUAA